UUCAAUCGCGAUUUUCUCAGACAUCACCAUUUGAGAUGAAGAACAUGAAACCACCACUUCUUUCAUUCCUCUUCAUCUUGGUCUUGCUCAAACCACUCACGGUCUUAGUCACUGGCGACAACGUCGACGCAUACUCGCCGAUUGAUGAUAUCGCCGUCAACUGUGGCUCCUCCGGCAACUCCUCUGGGUCCAAGCGGAUUUGGAUCGGAGACGACGAGGAUGGUUCGACCUACUCUCCAAUCGAUGAAACUCAUUCCUCCAAUGCAAGCGCAAGCGAUCCAUCUCCCUCCUUCCACAACCUCAUCCCAUACCAAACUGCUCGUCUCUCCCGCUCCGAAUUCAUCUACACCUUCCGCGUCGCUGCGGGGCCCAAAUUCGUUCGCCUCCACUUCUUCCCUUCGGACUACCACAACUUCCGCCGUGCCAAUUCGUUCUUCUCGGUCAAGGCCGCCGGCUACACUCUGCUCCACAACUUCAGCGCCUCCCUCUUUUCCGAUCAUACCGGCUUAAUGAACUUCCACAAAGAGUUCUGCUUAACUGUCGGAGCUGACCAGAUAUUGAACGUUACGUUUGCUCCCACUCCUGGUAACCCGGACGCGUAUGCUUUUGUGAACGGAAUCGAAGUCGUUUCCAUGCCUGAACAUCUCUACUACAACACGGUAGUCGACUCAACCGAGGGAAUCAAGUUGGCAGGUUACGAGACGCUGCACAAUUUUAGUACCACGGAUGCUCUCGAAGCAGUGAAGCGCUUGAACAUCGGAGGACAGUUUGUCGGUCCAGCUGAUGACACAGGAAUGUACAGGACCUGGGAACCAGAUGAAGCCUACGUGACUUCCUCGUACAUCGGAGUUUUGCCAGUUAACACAACUAUCCAACUCAAUUACAGUGAGCAAGUACCAAAUUACACGGCUCCAGAUAGCGUAUACAGAACUGCAAGGACUAUGGGAAUGGACAAAAUAAUAAAUCUGAGCUACAACCUCACGUGGUCCGUCGAGGUGGAUACGGACUUCUACUAUUUGGUCCGGUUACACUUUUGCGAAUUUCAGAUAGAGAUAAAUAAGAGCUUAGAUAGGGCUUUCGAGAUUUUCAUAGAUUCACAACUGGUCGAGGGUCAUGCAGAUGUCUUUAUUUGGAGCAAGAAGGGCGUGCCCAUCUAUAGAGAUUAUGCAGUAUACAUGCAUGACGAUGGAAAGAAGAGAACCAACCUCUCCGUCGCAUUGGGUGCGCUCCCAAAUGGUUCUACUCUUUACUCUGAUGCCAUCUUGAAUGGUCUCGAGAUUUUCAAGAUCAGCGAUCCAGCCAAGAAUCUCUCAGGGCUGAACCCGGAUCCGCUCCCGAAUAAACCGCCAGGGCCUCCACCGACAAGCAAAGCACCGUCGAGCCUCAGCAGAGCAGCAAAAAUUGCCAUCGUUGCUGGUGGAACUUCGGGCUUCGCCGUGCUCUCUCUCCUGGCUUUCUUCCUCUACUGGCGACGAAAUGGAGCAAAGGAUUCGGCCUCAAGCAAGUCGUCCCUGCCGUCAGGUCUGUGCCGCCAUUUCUCCCUGGCCGAGAUCAGAGCAGCCACGAAUAACUUCGACAAGGUGUUCAUAAUCGGCGUAGGCGGGUUCGGCAACGUGUACAAGGGCCACAUCGACGGCGGGGCCACCCAAGUGGCAAUCAAGCGGCUAAAACCGGGAUCGCGGCAGGGCCUCCACGAGUUCAGGACCGAGAUCGAGAUGCUCUCGCAGCUCCGGCACCUCCACCUAGUCUCCCUGAUCGGUUUCUGCAACGACGCGGGGGAGAUGAUUCUCGUGUACGACUACAUGGCGCGCGGGACCGUCAGCGACCAUCUCUACAACACCGAUAAUCCCCCACUUCCCUGGAAGCAGCGACUCGAGAUCUGCAUAGGCGCCGCACGUGGCCUGGACUACCUCCACACAGGUGCCAAGCACACCAUCAUACACCGAGACAUGAAGACGACCAACAUCCUGCUCGACGAAAAGUGGGUUGCCAAGGUGUCCGACUUCGGGCUCUCGAAGUUUGGGCCGACGAGCGUGUCCAAGACGCACGUCAGCACGGUCGUGAAGGGCACCUUCGGUUACCUGGACCCAGAGUACUAUAAGCGCCAGCAGCUGACUGACAAGUCUGACGUCUAUUCCUUCGGCGUGGUGCUGUUCGAGGUGCUGUGUGCGAGGCCUGCUGUGAACCGGACGGCCCCGAAGGAACAGAUCAACCUGGCUGCAUGGGCCCAGAGCUGCUGCAAGAGCGGGGAUGUCGAAAAGAUCGUGGACCCGCACCUGAAGGGGGCGAUCGCCUCCGAGUGCCUUAACAAGUUCUGCGAGAUCGCCGUGAGCUGCUUGCAGGGAGAGGGGGCCAAGCGGCCUUCCAUGAAUGACGUCGUGGGGAACCUCGAGUUUGCACUGCAGCUACAGGUGAGCGCGGAGCAGGAGGCGAUAGACCAUGCAGGUGCAUCCAUUGAUGACCGCGAUGAUAACGACCAUGGCAUGGCUUCAAUCGGAGGCGAUGCAAUGGACAGCAGCGAUGAGGCGUUCAGCAGUAGCAAUGGUAGUGGUGGGAAGAGCAGUAAGGUAGCUGUGACGACGAUCAGUAGCAAUGAUGUUCGUGACGUGAGUACGAAUAAUUAUGAUUCGCAGAUCUUGUAGACUGGGGCUGUUUAUCUGAGAUUAUGAAUCCCGCAGCUCGUUGAGACGGGCAUUCAAGUUUAACUGUUCCUGCUUUGGUUCUUGAAGUUGGUAUGGCAAGGUUUCGGUGCAGAAGAUAUGAUGUAAAUUUUACCACGUAAAAGCAAAUCUAGUCAUCAGGAAAUGCACGCAAAUUCCGAUUGAUGUUAGAUCGGGAUCAAGUGUAUGGAAAGAGCUAAGUGAGAAAUGAUAGUUGCAUGGUUUUGGGUUAUUAUUGAGGAACAUAAAGUGAUUCCCAGUGUUGAA